AUGACUCUAUUCCAGCCUCACACUGUCCGCCUGGACCAUAAAAACUUAACGCUUCUCAAGCAAUGGACAUGGCAAUUUGUUGUAAUUCGCCCAGUUUGCUCUGUCUUGAUGAUAGCGCUUCAACUUCUUGGAAUAUAUCCCAGUUGGCUCAGCUCGACAUUCACCAUGAUCUUGAAUGUUUCAGUUUCUUUGGCCUUGUAUUCCCUCGUGAUUUUCUACCAUGUUUUUGCGAAAGAGUUGGCACCACACAAACCACUUGCCAAGUUUUUGUGCGUCAAAGGCAUCGUCUUCUUCUGUUUCUGGCAGGGAAUUCUGCUUGACAUUCUUGUAGCAAUGGGAAUAGUUAAGUCGAAUCAUUUCUGGCUUGACGUCGAGCAUCUCCAGGAAGCGCUACAGAACAUGUUAGUGGUUGUGGAGAUGGUUUUCUUCUCUCUUCUGAUGCAAUAUGCAUACACUGCUGCACCUUACCGCACCGCUUCAGUUUCAGCCACCAGUGACAAAAAGAAAGAAUGA